AUGGAUAAGAAGUUUUCAAAAGACAAGGAAAAGGAAAUACCUUCUAUCCCUACUUCUUAUCGUAUUUUAAUCAAGGGCCCUACUUCCUCAGCCGAUUCUAAGCAACUUAAGGUCAGUGUCGACGAUAAACGGCACAUAUGGAGGAUGUGUUCAUUCAGAAACCCAGCCAGGUCGGAUGGCCUUGUUCUAAAGCACUGGAGGCACUUUGAAAAGGGCUCCGAGUACCUUUCUCUAGUAAAGAGGCAGAGGAAAUAUGCGAGGAAUAAAAUAUCGAAAAACGUUGAUGACGAUUCAACCUGCACAUUAGCUAGAGUGGAGGAGGAGGAAUCAGUGCUGGACUCGUACUCGUUUGCCAGGGUCAACCCAUCCGUAAAAAUAUAUCGCUAUUCCGAUGACUUUUACCUUUUCCACCUUGCGGACCUGGAUCCGACGUGGACGAAGGACGAAACAGAUCUGCUCUUUGACCUGUGCGAAAUGUUCGAACUCAGGUUCAUCGCGAUUCACGACUCCUUUAAGUGGCGCAAGGACGUGUCACUCGAGAAGCUUAAGCAGCGAUACUACACAGUGACCAAGAGAAUCGUUGAGUUCUUGUUCGAGGAGAAAAUCAAAAACGAGAUCAUGAAGCACGGAAACCCGAACCACCCCGUGGUUCUUUCGCUCAAGGAGGAGUCGGCGAGGCAUCCCCUGGUUAAGUUUACAUACAACUGUGAGCAUGAUAGAGAGCGGAGGCAGAUGCUCGAGAGGAGUUACAGAAUAACGCCAGAGCAGCGCGAAGCAGAAACCCAGCUGCUGAACGAAAUAAAGAACGCAGAGGCGCUUUUGAAGUCCGAGGAGAAGAAGAGAACAGAUCUGAAGAAGCUCAAGCGCAAGUUUAACAUGAACGACAGCGAGGUAAUUCCGACACCAAAGCUGGACCAAUUCCAAUCGAGUCCCGUUUACCUCGCAAGCUCUUUCCUCAACUUUUACAAAUCACAGCUGACUCAACACCAUAACGACUCAGUUGAUGAGAUGCUUAGCGAGUUGAACAUAUCGCCGCCAGCGGUAUCUUCCCAGGCUUCAAACGAGCUAUACUGCAUUGUUAGAGGCGAUGCUGCCAUUAUGAUCAAUAUUGUGAACAAGGUCGAAAGCCUGAGAAGUGAGCUGGAACACUGGCAACAGCUCACUAAUCACUCAGUUGAACCCUCAAUUUCGUCGUACGGGCAGAGCAAGGUCAAGGACGAGACUUUUUCCGAAACCUCAGAGCACGCCCCCGUGUACCAGAUGCCGCACUCGAUCAUGGCGAAGUCGUUCCCAAAGGCGAAGCAGCCGAUGGCGCAGCUGCAGCAAAUGACAAAUGUGCCUCCCGUUACCACCGUUACCAACUUGUCGAACAUUCAGAACGUCCAGGCCUUGCACGACGACGGCAACCAGGAGGCGAUGCUCCAGGCCGCUCGCCAGCGGAUGAUGAUGCAGAGCCUGGCGCAGCAGGGCCAGCAGAUGAAGCAGAUGUACCAGAUGAAGGCCCCGGCCGGCGGAGGCGCCAGUCCUCACGCCUAUCAGCCGCAUAUGUACCCCCAGUUCGCCCAGCAGAUGUACCACCCUCAGGUGACCCCCAGGGUGCUUCAGCAGCACAUGGCCCAGAGGCUCAUUCAACAGCAGCAGUUUCAGCAGCAGCAGCAACAGCAGCAGAAGCAGCACUUUCAGCACAUGAUGCCGAUGCAUCCCGAGGGGGCCUAUUCGCCCUCGCAGCGCUACUCGCAGCCUGGGCCCUAUCCCCCGGUCAUGCAUCCUCACCAACUGCAGAAGGGUCCUCCGGGCAACAACCAGAAACAGUAG